AGACGCUUGCCAUUUGUCAAGGCAGCCACUUCCACAGUGCACAUGUCGCAUCGCGUUAGAAAGCACGCCGAAGGAUUUAUACAUAUGCUAGGAAGUUGUGUCGAACUAUUGCCAGCUGCCCCUGUUCUUGCGAAUCUUUCGAAUCCUCCUCACCCUAAUCAAGCCACCGCCGCGUACACCGAUUGAUCCUUCGCUUACAAGUCGAUUCAGCUGUGGCUGGAGAAAGAUCCGCUCCAUUGAAUGCAAUUUCAGCCCAGAAAUAUUUUGUUUAUUUAUCUCAGACGAAGUCUUUGACCCGAGAAUGAAAGAUGUAUCCCAUAAUGUUGACCCGGAGAGUGUUGACUCUGAGAAUAUGGUCGCCCAAGGCAAUCUGACCAGCAUUUGCUGUCGUGCACUGUUGGCCGUACUUGGUCAGCAGAGGGUUGCUUUACCGGGCAGCGUUGUAUACAAUGCGUCAUUGGAGUCGUAUUUCGCGGCACAGCAGGCUGCGUUGCACCCCGCGUGCAUUGUGUCACCUCAAACUACCCAAGACGUCUCGAAAGCGAUCAAGUCCUUGACAACGCAGGGAAAUGAGCAACCCAAAUUUGCCAUUCGCGGAGGAGGGCACGCCAAUUGGGCCGGCGCUUCCAACAUUGAUGGCGGCAUUGUCAUCGACUUGCGGGCUCUCAAGUCAGUUCAACUUAACCCCAGCAAGUCCACGGUCUCUGUAGGCACCGGUGCCUCCUGGGACGAUGUGUAUGCGACACUCGAUCCUCUAGGUCUCAGUGUCAACGGCGGCCGGGCUGCCGACGUAGGUGAGUUGAUAACUCUGAUUCCAAGCGCACAGGCGCUCAUUCCGAGAAGUUGGGAUCAAUGGCUCAAUAUACUCAUCGCGCUUAUAGGUGUCGGUGGAUUGACUCUUGGCGGCGGCAUAUCCUACUUCUCGCCCCGUUACGGCUGGACUUGUGACACCGUAACCAACUUUGAGAUCGUGUUGGCCGAUGCAUCAAUUGUCCAAGCCAACACGAAGUCGAACCCAGACCUUUUCCACGCGCUUAAAGGCGGCAAUAAUAACUUUGGUGUCGUGACACGCAUCGAUGUGACCACGUUUAAGCAAGGGCUCCUCUGGGCGGGAACUGUGUACAACUCACUUGAUGUUGUGGACGACGUCAUUUCCGAGUUCGUCAGGAUUGGAUCCCCCGACGCGUAUGAUCAGGAUGCCUCAUUCAUUACUACCUUUGGCUUUUCUCAAGCACAAGGUCGGGCUGUUAUCUCCAACCAACUCGAAUACGCCAAGCCGGUAGAGCCGCCAUCAAUCUACAAGGGAUUCCUGGCACUUCCAAACCUGUUGAGCACAUCACAGCUUGUGAAUACAACGACUCUGGCAAAGGCUACUCGAGCGCUUCAGCCUGAGCACCCACGCACUCUAUCUCGCGUAUCAACCUUCGUGUUAACCCCGGAGGUGCUUAAAUCUACUUAUGUACAAUGGAACGCCAGCCUAUCCAGUAUAUCGCAGGUAGCCAACAUUAUUUGGGGCAUUGCGCUCGAACCAUUGCCACCAGGAAUCUAUGCACGACACGCCAAGGACAAUGCCUUAGGGCUAGAGAACAGGAAAGGAUCAUUUGUAGUCGCACUACUUACGGCCUCUUGGACAGACCCAUCUAACGACGCGCUCGUGGUAGAAGCGGCCAACAACCUACUUAAAGCAAUCAAUACGGAAGCCAAGAAACUCGGUGACCUAGAUCCUUUCGUCUAUCUAAAUUAUGCUGGUAAAGAUCAGGAUCCCAUUCGCAGCUACGGCGCGGCAAGCGUUGCUCAAUUGCAAACAGUCCGGAAGCGUGUUGAUCCCAAGGGGGUUUUCACGAGUCAAGUGCCCGGUGGAUUUAAGAUCCCGCCUAAAGCGAACGUGUAGCUGUAAGCUGAAUUGCAUUUGGCUUGAAACGGUUCACAAAGCGCUUCUGGUGGAACUGGUACUUUUUAAUAUUUCUGGUAGAAUUUCCUCAUGAAUCUAAUGUUUUUAUUGAAGCACGGAAGCUAGUCUGAACUGAAAGAAUAUACACUCAUUGCACUGACGUCUAUAUCAGACCUAGGAGAGCUGUACAGUAACGCCUAGACUUUCGAAGUAUUCUGGUCCUGACGCAUCCGACCUAUAGAGACUAGUUGCAAGUACUUCCCUUUUUUGUUUUCAUGCACAGUGCGAGAGCCAAUGCUGUCGCCAGUUACAUGACCUGUGUCAUGAUUCUGUUAUUCAGUAAGGCUUCCCUUCUAGAAAUC